CCUCACAGCGGGCCGCAAGGCAGCCCCGGUCCCUCUGCCCACAGCCCCUCCCCGGAGUUGGGAUCUAGGCGCACAGCCCAGGCGCCCUGCGGGCCUCUGUGCCUUCUCUGCCGGCUCCUCGCCAUGGCCUCCUGGGGCCCGGGACUCCGGCUCCUGCUGGGAAUCCUGCUGCUGCUGCUCCCGCCUCCUGCGACCCCUGCUUCCGACCGUCCCCGGGGCAGAGACCCGGUCAACCCAGAGAAGCUGCUGGUGAUCACGGUGGCCACAGCCAAGACGGAAGGAUACCGGCGUUUCCUGCGGUCAGCAGAGUUCUUCAACUACACAGUGCGGACCCUGGGCCUGGGACAGGAGUGGCGAGGGGGUGAUGUGGCCCGAACGGUUGGUGGAGGACAGAAGGUCAGGUGGCUAAAGAAGGAAAUGGAGAAAUAUGCUGACCGGGAGGAUAUGGUCAUCAUGUUCGUAGACAGCUACGACGUGAUUCUGGCUGGCAGCCCCUCCGAGCUGCUGAAGAAGUUCGUCCAGAGUGGGAGCCGCCUGCUCUUCUCUGCCGAGGGCUUCUGCUGGCCCGAGUGGGGGCUGGCGGAGCAGUACCCUGAGGUGGGCACGGGGAAGCGCUUCCUCAACUCUGGUGGGUUCAUCGGCUUUGCCCCCACCAUCCACCGAGUCGUCCGCCAGUGGAAGUACGAGGAUGAUGAUGACGACCAGCUGUUCUACACACGGCUCUACCUGGACCCAGGGCUGAGGGAGAAACUCAGCCUCAAUCUGGAUCAUAAAUCCCGGAUCUUUCAGAACCUCAAUGGGGCUUUGGGUGAGGAGAAAGGCAGCCGGAGGGGGUCGCUGUGCCUAGCAUCUGUUGGACACGUACUUUGUGCCAAGGCUCUGCGUCGGGGCUCUACUUCUGUAAUUUCGUUUAACCCAACAAUCCUACAAAGGGAGGGUCUGUGGUUACCACCUGUCACAGAUGAGAUAGUUUUAAAGUUUGAUCGGAAUCGCGUGCGUAUCCGGAAUGUGGCCUAUGAUACACUUCCCGUUGUGGUCCAUGGGAACGGUCCGACUAAGCUCCAGCUGAAUUACCUGGGAAACUAUGUCCCUAAUGGCUGGACUCCUCAGGGAGGCUGUGGGUUCUGCGGCCGGGACCGGAGGAUACUCCCGGGGGGGCAGCCUCCCCCCCGGGUGCUUCUGGCCGUGUUCGUGGAACAGCCUACCCCGUUCCUGCCCCGCUUCCUGCAGCGGCUCCUGCUCCUGGACUACCCCCCUGACAGGGUCACCCUGUUCCUGCAUAACAACGAGGUGUACCAUGAGCCCCACAUUGCAGACUCCUGGCCCCAGCUCCAGGGCCACUUCUCAGCUGUGAAGCUCGUGGGGCCGGAGGAGGCCCUGACCCCGGGCGAGGCCAGGGACAUGGCCAUGGACAGCUGUCGGCAGGACCCCGAGUGCGAAUUCUACUUCAGCCUGGAUGCUGACGCCGUCAUCACCAACCAGCAGACCCUGCGCAUCCUCAUUGAAGAGAACAGGAAGGUGAUAGCGCCCAUGCUGUCCCGCCACGGGAAGCUGUGGUCCAACUUCUGGGGAGCCCUGAGCCCCGACGAGUACUACGCUCGGUCCGAGGACUACGUGGAACUAGUGCAGCGGAAGCGAGUGGGCGUGUGGAAUGUGCCCUAUAUAUCCCAGGCGUACGUGAUCCGCGGCGAGACCCUGAGGACAGAGCUGCCCCAGAGGGAGGUGUUCUCGGGCAGCGACACCGACCCGGAUAUGGCCUUCUGUAAGAGCCUGCGCGACAAGGGCAUCUUCCUCCACCUCAGCAAUCAGCAGGAAUUUGGUCGCCUCCUGGCCACCUCUCGGUAUGACACAGACCAUCUGCACCCUGACCUCUGGCAAAUCUUCGACAACCCCCUGGACUGGCGGGAGCAGUACAUUCACGAGAACUACAGCCGGGCCCUGGAAGGGCAGGGACUCGUGGAGCAGCCAUGUCCAGACGUGUACUGGUUCCCGCUGCUGUCAGACCAGAUGUGUGACGAGCUGGUGGAGGAAAUGGAGCAUUAUGGCCAGUGGUCAGGAGGCCGGCAUGAGGACUCAAGGCUGGCUGGAGGCUACGAGAACGUGCCCACUGUAGACAUCCACAUGAAGCAGGUGGGCUAUGAGGACCAGUGGCUGCAGCUGCUGAGGACGUACGUGGGGCCCAUGACAGAGAGCCUGUUCCCAGGCUACCACACCAAGACCCGGGCGGUGAUGAACUUUGUGGUCCGCUACCGGCCAGAUGAGCAGCCGUCUCUGCGGCCCCAUCACGACUCCUCCACCUUCACUCUCAACGUCGCCCUCAACCACAAGGGCCUGGAUUAUGAAGGAGGUGGCUGCCGCUUCUUGCGCUACGACUGCAUAGUCUCGUCCCCACGGAAGGGCUGGGGGCUCCUGCAUCCUGGCCGCCUCACCCACUACCACGAGGGGCUGCCCACCACUCGGGGCACUCGCUACAUCAUGGUGUCCUUUGUCGACCCCUGACACUCAACCACUCUGCCAGACCUGCCCUGCCGCUGUGCCUUCCCGGGGGGGCCCCCUCCGUGGAAGGGGGUCUGUCUGGCGCCUCGCUUCCUGAGCGGAUGUUCGGUGUGCCUGGGACUGAAUGUGUCGCCUCCCCCCUCCCCAACACGCGGCCCUCUCAGGAAGCUCCUGGAGCCCCCCCUUGCCCCUCCCCACAGUCCCCAAGGACCCCUGGGGAGAAGGCUUUGAGGGCUCCCUGUGUGAUAAAUUAUUGUUUCUCACCCUCUCAAUAAAGGAGGAUUUGUAA